CCCCUCUGGCCUUCCACGGCAGGGCUGGCUCUCCAGGCUGGGAUCCCCUCAGGGUGCGCUGGAAUGGGCGUGUUAGGGGUGGCUCUGAGCAGUGGAAGGAGACUGAGGGCCAUGCAUGGGUGUGGGUGAGUGGAAGAGUGUCUCAUACAAGAAUUCACGACGAAGGUAAAGAGAGUUAGUGUGAGCCCCAUGGGAGCUCUCCGAGUGGCCGCCACAGGCCUGAGGCCAGCAGUAGCGACGGGCUCUUGCCAGCCUGUCGUGAUCCAGAAAGGCAUCCAGGAGGUGGUCUGGAGCUGUGAUUUUUAAAAAUGCACAUAUGGAGCUCCUCAGGCUUCAGAGCUUCCUCCCGAGUGUCUGGAAGACAGAGGGACAGAGGGACAGAAGAGAUGUGGGAGGGCAUGGGGGGCAGGGGACAGUAAGUAGGCCCAAGUGUGCACUGCUAGCAGGCCCAAGCCCUGUGCCCAGCUGUCGUGGGUGAAAGUCUUGGCAUAUCUGGCCCCAGGGAUACCUCCCAGGGCUGGCCUGAGCCCAGCGCCCAUGUCAUGGCCUAGAAUCAGGGGUGGGAUACAGGCUCUGCCCCAGUCCCUCGUCCUGCCCGGUGGGAAAGCCCCAGGGCAGAUAUGGGGGGAUCAGGGCAGGGAGACCAGAUCUGAGUUUGCCCAGAUGCAAAGACCUGUGGAGCCAGCUGGGCCAAGGAGGUGACCUGAGGCCAGCAGUGGGGUCAUCCUGAGAGGCUGGCCCAGCUCUGGGAGGCCAAGCUCUGGGACGGUUCUUGGGGGUUACCUCACCCCAAAUCUGGUCCCAGUCCGGAGUCCUGUCCCCACCCUGCCCUUCCCCCAGGAGUCUCAGGCCAGGCAAGGAUGGCCGCAGGAAGGCCAGGAGUCAGGAAAUCUGCUUUAGGCUUUGCUGCAGCCUUACUGAGCCUCCUUAGAAAGUUCCUUUCCCCUCUUUGGGCCUCAGUUUCCCCAUCUGAACAAUAAGGGGAUUAGAUUCAGUGACCUCUGAAGGUCUUUAGAUCUGAUAUCCCUGGAUUCUGUGAUAAUAAGAAUCUGUGACCCUUGCAGGGAUUCUGGAAAUUCCUGAAGGUGGGGUUGGGCUGAAGUUGGUGGCCUGCCCGUGCCAUCUGCUCAGGCCACCCUGGUGGUGACAGGAUGGAGUGGAGGUGGGGACAGGCAUGGCUUGCCUUUGGCGGGGGAUCCUCAUUAGAGCUCAGAGAUGAAAGGAAACCACCCAGAGUGUUUGAUGAGACUCUGGCUGUAGGUUUCAGAGCUCACAUGCCUCAGGGGCUCUGGUGUCUUUGGUGGGCAUGCCAGGGUGAGGGUGGGGUAAGUAGGUCUCAGUCCCCUCUCUUCCUUCUGAGGUAGCCAUAAGGAGAAAGUCCUGACCUCAACUGCAGCCAGUGUCCCUACAUCCACCCACCCACAGGGCCCUUGUCCAGGAGAGGUGUCCUGGCUCUAGUACCCAGCUGGCCCGCAGGCCAGGGGCCUGACACCAGUGCAGGAGGCAGGACCAGGGAGCCCAGCGUAGCAAAGGAGACAAGGUGGGCUAAGGGCACCGAGGGUCCCUGCUGGCUAGCCUGAGCCUCCCUCAAAGCACAAAGCUGCUGUUGUGAGGCCAGGAUCUCGGCUAUUUUUAGCACCGAGUGUGGCUCAGAGCACUGGGUCGGGGCAGCGGGAGGGGGGACAUGUUUCUCAUUCUUUCCCUACGGGCCCUUGGGUACUGUUAGCAACCUGUCACAAGACAGAUAAGACAUACAUUGGACAGAGACCAGAGAUGGGCUUGAGGGGUGGGAGGCCACUGAAGGGCUGGGUGUGGGAACCCAGGAGGCCUUCGCGGUAGGUCUUAGCCUGAGGCCCUGCAGCCAGGGCUGUGCUCGCUUGCACAGGAUCAGAGAGAGGCUCCGUGAACAAGGGGAAGGCUGUCUCUGCAGAAAGGCCCCUGGUCCCACUGCCCUGCCCUCCAUGGGUGUCCCCCUCACAUCCUCCCAGGGGCACCUGCUGGGGAACAGAGGGGCACCAAGGUCAAUAAGAAAGCUUUCCACCCCCACCCUCUUAUUUCUUGGGGGCCAGGCCCUACAUGGGGUCUAGGGACCCCCAAGCUGGCACUGCCUGCCACUCAUUCACCAACUCUGGGCCUCAGUUUCCUCAUCUUUAAUUAUAAAGGGUUGGGCUGUAAGACCUUUAAAAUACCCCUAGCUCAGACCUUCUGCGUCUCGGAGUAUAACACAGAAAACCCUGACCUGGGAUUCAGAAUUUGGCUCUGCCUGACCACGAGAUAGCAGGUGAGCAGUCUCUUUCCCUGAGUCUCGACUGCUUCUGCUUGGCAGGGGGCCGCUGACCCCUGCAGAGCCCCCGGGCCUAGGAAAGGCUGGAGUGCUUUGAGAGCCAGGAGGUGAAGUCUGGGCUCUGGGUCAAAGGGGCAAGCAUGCCCUCUGCUGUCCUGCAAAGGGAUCUCACCUCGAGGGAGAUCACAAGUCUCCAGCUUAGGGCUGCACCUCUCCCCGGCUGGGACUCUGUAAGUCAUGAUCGCCCCAGGCCACCCCCCUGGGAGUCUACCAGGAAAAAACUGAUUUUAACAGAGGAAGGCGAGGACGGGGCAAGUCCAGUCUGCCCACUGAAGGUUUGGGCAAUCCCUUGUGGAGCUGGAGGAAAGAGCUUCAUGACCAGCAGUGUCCAGCUUGCUCCCUGGCCACCCAGGUGACGCUGAGGAGUGAGGGACCCACUGUGAUGGUCCACAUGUCCUAAGUUCAAGACUUGUUGCACGCCAACCAUGCAGGUGGUUAAAUGAGGCCCUGGCCAAGCCUACCUGGUGGGGCUUGGGGGGGGUGUGGGUCUCUGAGCACAGUUAUGCAGAGCUACUCUGCCCUUAGUUCCCGUUCCCUGUAUUUCUCCCAGCAACCAGCCCUCAUCCCAUCUCAGGCCCCCAACUCCAUCCUCAUCUCUUCCCCUUCUCCUCAGAAGGUGGCUGACGCCCAGACACAGGUGGCUCCCACACCAACCAUCCGGAUGGCGACUGCAGAGGACCUGCCCCUCCCUCCACCCCCAGCCCUGGAAGAUCUGCCGCUGCCACCACCCAAGGAGUCCUUCUCCAAGUUCCACCAGCAGCGGCAAGCCAGUGAGCUCCGCCGCCUCUACAGGCACAUCCACCCUGAGCUCCGCAAGAAUCUGGCUGAGGCCGUGGCCGAGGAUCUGGCUGAGGUCCUGGGCUCUGAGGAGCCCACUGAGGGUGAUGUCCAGUGUAUGCGCUGGAUCUUUGAGAACUGGCGACUGGACGCCAUUGGAGAUCACGAGAAGCCAGCUGCCAAGGAGCCGGUGUCAGGUGGCGACGUCCAGGGCACCUCCCGCAAGUUUGAGGAAGGCUCCUUUGCCAGCAGCACAGACCAGGAGCCAGCUGGGCCCCAGCCAUGCGGAGGGGACGUUCGGGCAGCCCGCUGGCUGUUUGAGACAAAGCCACUGGAUGAGUUGACAGGGGAGGCCAAGGCACUGGAGGCUACUGUGAGGGAGCCUGCUGCCAGCGGGGAUGUGCAGGGCACCAGGAUGCUCUUUGAGACGCGGCCACUGGACCGCCUGGGCUCCCGCCCCUCCGUCCAGGAGCAGAGCCCCUUGGAGCUGCGCUCAGAGAUCCAGGAGCUGAAAGGUGAUGUGAAGAAGACGGUGAAGCUGUUCCAAACAGAGCCACUGUGUGCCAUCCAGGAUGCACAGGGUGCCAUCCAUGAGGUCAAGGCCGCCUGCCGGGAGGAGAUCCAAAGCAACGCAGUAAGAUCCGGCCGCUGGCUCUUUGAGACCCAACCUCUGGAUGCCAUCAAUCAGGACCCAAGCCAGGUGCGGGUGAUCCGGGGGAUCUCCCUGGAGGAGGGGGACCGGCCUGAUGUCAGCGCAACUCGCUGGAUCUUUGAGACACAGCCCCUAGAUGCCAUCAGGGAGAUCUUGGUGGAUGAGAAGGACUUCCAGCCGUCCCCAGACCUUAUGCCACCUGGUCCAGAUGUUCAGCAGCAGCGGCAUCUGUUUGAGACCCGAGCACUGGACACUCUAAAGGGGGAAGAGGAGGUUGGAACAGAGGCCCCACCCAAGGAGGAAGUGGUCCCUGGUGAUGUUCGCUCUACCCUGUGGCUAUUUGAGACAAAGCCCCUGGACGCUCUCAGAGACCAUGUCCAAGUGGGCCACCUGCAGCGGGUGGAUCCCCAGGAGGAUGAGGAGCUCACGCAUGAGCGUCUAUCCAGUGGCAGCUCCUCAGCACUGCCCCUCUCUCAGAGCACCCCCCAGAGGGAUGGGCUGAAGGGAGAUGUGAAGACUUUUAAGAAUCUUUUUGAGACCCUUCCCUUGGACAGCAUCGGGCAGGGUGAGCCCUCAGCCCAUGGGAGUGUGAGCAGAGAAGGAACUGAUUGUGCUGGGCAUUCCCAGAACAUAGGGUCCCCAGUGUAUGCUAUGCAGGACAGCAAGGGCCACCUCCAUGCUCUGACCUCGGUUAGCAGAGAGCAGGUAGUUGGAGGCGAUGUGAAGGGUUACAGGUGGAUGUUUGAGACACAGCCCCUAGACCGACUGGGCCAAAGCCCCAGUACCAUAGAUGUGGUGCGGGGCAUCACCCGGCAGGAAGUGGUGGCAGGGGAUGUUGGCACUGCUCGGUGGCUCUUUGAGACCCAGCCCUUGGAGGUGAUCCACCAGCGGGAGCAACAGGAACGACAGGAAGAAGAGAGGAAGAGUCAGGGAGGCUUCCAGCCUGAGACACCUCCAAAGGGCGAUGUGCAGACCAUCCGGUGGUUGUUCGAGACAUGCCCAAUGAGUGAGUUGGCUGAAAAGCAGGGGUCAGGGCUCGCAGAUCCCACUACCAAGGCCGAGGCACAGUCCUGCACCUGGAUGUUCAAGCCCCAAGCCCUGGACAGGCCAGAGGGCUCCAGGGAGCAGCACCUGCAGGUUAGCCAGGUCCAGGCUGGGGAAAGACAGACAGACAGACAUGUCUUUGAGAUUGAGCCUCUUCAGGCCGCAGGCCAGCCCUGCGGAAGAGGGCCUGUGCGGUACUGCAGCCGGGUGGAGAUCCCAUCGGGGCAGGUGUCUCGUCAGAAGGAGGUUUUCCAGGCCCUGCAGGCAGGCAAGAGAGAAGAGCAGGGGUCCCGAGUAAGCCCUGGGCCCAUCCCUGCAGGUUCUGUGCACAAGUUCACCUGGCUCUUUGAGAAUUGCCCCAUGGGCUCCCUGGCAGCUGAGAGCGUCCGAGGUGGCAACCUCCAGGAAGAGCAGCCUGUGAGCUCCUCAGGCAACGAGGCGCCACAGAGGCAGGAGACCGCAGCUGAGGAGACGCUGAGGACUCUGCACACCACACCUGGCAUCCUGCACCACGGAGGCGUCCUCAUGGAGGCCCGAGGGCCGGGAGAGCUCUGCCUUGCCAAGUACGUGCUCCCAGACGCAGGGCAAGGGCGCCCCUACAUACGGAAGGAGGAACUGGUGUCUGGAGAACUUCCCAGGAUUGUCCGCCAAGUGCUGCACCGGCCAGACGUGGACCAGCAGGGGCUGCUGGUGCAGGAGGAUCCAGCUGGUCGGCUCCAGCUCAAGCCGCUGAGGCUGCCAGCGCCCGGUAGCAGUGGGGGUAUUGAAGACAUGGAUCCCGAGCUCCAGCAGCUGUUGGCUUGUGGCCUUGGGACCUCCGUGGCAAGGACAGGGCUGGUGAUGCAGGAGACAGAGCAGGGCCUGGUCGCAUUGACCGCCUACUCCUUACAGCCCCGGCUAACUAGCAGGGCUCCGGAGAGGAGCAGUGUGCAGCUGCUGGCCAGCUGCAUAGACAAGGGAGACCUGAGUGGCCUGCAAAGUCUGCGGUGGGAGCCACCAGCUGACCCAAGUCCAGUGCCAGCCAGCGAGGGGGCCCAGGGGCUGCCCCCAACUGAGAGCAUCAUCCAUGUUCCACCGCUGGACCCCAGCAUGGGGAUGGGGCAUCCGAGAGGCCCAGGGGCCAUUGGAAAGGCAGGGUCUCUGGCUGGGAAAGCUGCAGCCCCAGCCCAACAGCAGGACACAGAAAAGCAGGAAGACAGCCACACUGGGCAGAAAGGGAAGGCAGCCUUGGGAAAGUCAGAAGGAGCCAGAGCUACCCCUCCAGGACCUCGGGCCCCAGACCUCCUGGACGCCAUGCAGAGUCUGCGGAUGGCAACAGCUGAGGCCCAAAACCUGCACCAGCAGGUUCUGAACAAGCACAAGCAGGGCUCCGCCCCUGCAGCCACUUCCCCGCCCAUCCAGGAUGGUCUUCAUCGAAUUCCGGCUAAGGCCACUGGGGCUACCCAGAGCAACACCAGGCCUGUGGGUGGAGGUGACCCCAGGAUCCAAGCAGCCCCCAGAAAGGUCAGUGGGGAAGAAAAAGCACUACCCAGAGGGCUGCCUGGGGGGUGGGUAACAAUUCAGGAUGGCAUCUACACUGCUCACCCCGUGAGGACCUUUGAUCCACCUGGGGGUGUCCAGCCUUCUGAAAGAAAAUCGCAGCCCAGGGGCAGGGAGGAGACCGCCCUCUCGGCCCAGGCUCCCAGCCCACUCCAGGGAGGCCCAAGUCAGAGUAUUGGGCCAGGGCGGGAGGAGCCUGGGGACCACACACAAAGGGCUGGGGAGCCUCCAGGGAAGGUGAUGGCAGAACUCUGUCCAGGGGGCCUCCAAGCUACAGAGACCACUCUGAAGACUGCCCAUCUAUCGCACCACACUCUGGCCUCUGGGCCCCAUGCUGCAGGUGCCAGCCUGCACUCCCAUAAUGCCUCUGUUCCUCCCCCUCCUGAUCUCCCAGCUGCUGUGACAGGACCUGACUUCCCAGCCCGAGCCUGCCACGAUGAGGACUCCAUCCAGCAGGCCUCCGAGCCCCUGCAGAACUCCCUUCACUCCCACAGCAGCCCUGCUGGCCAGAGAACCCCUGGGGAGUCACAAACAAAGACAGCAAAACUGGAGUCCACCAUGCCCCCAAGAAAGAAGCCCCAGCUGCCCCCUAAACCUGCACAUCUAACCCAGAUCCACCCUCCUCAGAGGCUGCCCAAGCCCUCAGCUCUAUCUCCCAGCGUUUCCUCGGAGAGGGGGCAAGGAGAACAUAAACGAGGUAAGACGGAUGCAGCCAUUCCUCAGCCAGCCAAGGUUCCCACCACUACAGACCGGGGCCACAUAACUCGGACUGGAUGCCCCAGUGGACAGAGCCAGCUCAGCCCCCAGCAGGGCCUCAGCACCGUGGUCCCCAGGCCCAUCAACAGUCAGACUGCGGACAGCAGUGCCCAGAGCUCUGAGCCCCCCGAGUUCCAUGCUCUCAAAGGCCACCCCACCUCACCACAGUGGGGUCCCAGCCCCCCAGGAGAGCAGCCCAUGGAAGGUUCCAAGCAGGGGUCCCCUGAGAGCCCUGAGGUUCUACAGGGAAGCCGGGAAGAGCUCCAGGGCCUCCUAAGCCAGGUUCAAGCUCUGGAGAAGGAAGCUGCAAGCAGUGUGGAUGUGCGGGCCCUGCGGAGGCUCUUUGAGACUGUGCCCCAACUGGGAGGGGUUGCUCCUCAGACUCCUGCUGCCCCCCAAAAGCCCGAGGCCUCAGUGGAGCAGGCCUUUGGGGAGCUGACACGGGUCAGCGCAGAGGUUGCCCAGCUGAAAGAACAGACCCUGGCCAGGCUGCUGGAUAUUGAAGAGGCUGUGCACAAGGCCCUCAGCUCCAUGUCUAGCCUGCAACCUGAGGCUAAUGCCAGAGGCCAUUCCCAGGGACCCCCAAAGGACCACAGUGCCCACAAGGUCAGUGUCACAGUCAGCAGUAGUGCCAGGCCCAGCUGCUCAGGCCAGGAGGCCAGAGGUCAAAGUACAGUCAAGAGUCAAGCCAAGGCUGGAUGCCACACUGAGGUCCAGAGUCAAGCCGAGGCCAGAAAUCUCACAGAGGUCAGAGGUCAAGCAGCCUCAACUGCUCCUCCCACCAGGAGCCCGGAGACAUCAAGAGAAGAUUUGGGCCUCCCUCGAGUCUUGCCUUCCAAUAGAGAUUCCCCCUCCUCCCCAACAUUCAUCUCUAUCCAGUCAGCCACAAGGAAGCUUCCAGAGGCUCCUAGCCCUACGGCCAACCCCAAUGUCUCGGUGAAAAGUACACACCUGGCUCAGGACACGGGCCAGGCCCUGCUCCACCAGAAAGGCACUGAGACCAAGGCUGGGAAGAAGGAGGUCUCCCAGUGCUGUGGACAGCCCGAGCCUGCCCCUGCUUCAGCUAGCCCCCUGCCCAAAGGGCGGCAAAAGAGUGUUUUGGAGCUGCAGACUGGGCCAGGUGGCUCCCAGCACUAUGGAGCCACAAGAACCGUGACCGAGCAGUAUGAAGAGGUGGACCAGUUCGGGAACACAGUCCUCAUGUCCUCCACCACAGUCACUGAACAGGCAGAUCCGCCCAGGGGCCCGGGCCCCCACCUCGGGUUCCAUACUUCUCCCUUGCUGAGGCAGUUCCUGCACAGCCCAGCUGGGUUCAGCAGUGGCCUGGCAGAAGCUGAGAUGGCACAGGUGCCCUACAGCCACUCCCAGCCAGCUACCCAGUGAGCCCCUCCACUUCCCACCACAGCCUCCCACCCAUCAUUGGGGUACCUCCCUUUACAGCCCCAGGACUGAGGUGGGUGCCUACCUCCUGCAUACGUAAGGCAAGGACCAAGAAGAAAGGGCAUCUUCAGAGAACUGUUACGGGACAUUCCCCUUUUGUUGGUUCCAUCAAUAGGCCCAGUUCUUCCAAAAGGGGGAAGAAAUGUCAGGAAGAGGCCCACCAAGUAGCACUGGCAUGGGGGUGGGGUGGGGGCUCCCAUCAGCUGGUGGAGGAUGUAAUGCCCACAGACACACACAUGCUCCUCACACAGGCCUGGCCCAUGCAUGGACACGUGUGAAUCUUCACACCAAUGCCUGAGUUGAGAUGCCCCCUGCCCGUCUUCCUCCACCCUCAGCCUUUAUUUCUUUUAUUAGUCUGAAUGUUCUCAGCCAUCUGCUCCUUAAUCCUUGGAGAGGAAUAGGCCCAACUGGACACAGCACUGGUCUCUAUUUGGGACUGGUCUGAGGGCUCCAGAAGGGCCUGGCUGCCAGCCUCCUCACCACCAUCUCCACCGUUCAGCUGGUCAUCCUGGUGACCCAGAGGUCACACACACACAGUCAGCAAUCAGCAAUGCCCGUAGAAGCCAAAUGCACUACCUCUCUCUGUCCCCACCCCACUGCCCUCCACUGUGCACCCCAAAUGGGAAGGACACAGUCCGAAUAAACUCAAGUUUUAUGCUC